AUGCCACCGUUCAAAGAUGACCAGAUCAUUAUCAUUGCGCCCGGCUCAGAAACCACGGUAGCCCAGCUUGGCCUACCGGAGUCCUUCGCCCCGCCCCGGUUACGCGUGCGGUCGCGUAUGUUUCCUGCGGAGAAAGAGGGUGAAUUCGAACCCUAUAAGAUCCGGCGGAAACAAGACCAGCCGGCGGUCGCGGUAGGCGCACAGAACGACGAGGCCGACGCAGAGAGGAAAUCAGGCGAAGACGAGGAGAUAAUAUGGGAGGAGGACCGCGUGUCAGAGGAGGGUGCGAUAUGGCCCAUUCAAGAAGGCAGGAUCGUGGACUGGCCCUGUUUCUUUGCGCUCAUGUCGCACGUCUACAACACCCUGAACCCGCCCUUCCACACAGCCAUACUGUUGGUUGCGCAACCAGCAUGGACUCCACGAGAGCACGAAAAGCUUACUCAGUUCUUUUUCGAGAAAUUCAAAACGCCUGCCUUCGGUCUAUUAGAUGCAGCAUUGGCGACGACGUGGGCAUAUGGUGUACAUUCAGCGACCGUUAUCGAUGUAGGAAAGGCGAAGACGGAUGUUACUGCAGUCAGCGAGUUCAUCCCACACAUUCAGGGCAGGGUUGUUUCAUUGAGCGGAUGUGGUGGCGAGGCUUUUACGGAAACCUUGCUUGCCAAACUCAAGUCCAAGGGUCUCAAUCGCGACAUGUGCGAACAACUCAAGCGGUCUCCCAUUUGUGAAAUCCUACCUACUGGAACGCCGCUGCCAGGCUCAGGGGAUAUCCCAGAAAAGGACAUCAUCACAAAUCCUGCUGCUGCUGCUUCGACGGGCGCUACCGAUUCGGGACCUGUAGCAGCAGCCGCUAUUGGUAACGUCCCACGAGGCCCGGGUGCAGACACCGAGGUGGGUGAAGAUCUUGGAAUUGAAGAAAAUGAGGGCGUGCUCGACGUCGCAAGCAUUGUGGCGGGUGGUAAGAUGAAUGAGUAUUUGGCAAAGAAAGAGAAAGAGAAGCAGGAAAAGGCCAACGCGAAGAAGAAGGGUGUUCCGGUUCCGGAAGUUAACAAGCCUGUUCGACUACCAAACUCAAGACGUGAAAAGGCCACCUUUUUAUAUGAGGAUCAUGCGCUGCUGGAUACCCUCAAGAACAUGAACCUUAAUACCCAAGAUAUGGCAGAUGCGAAGAACGCGCUGGAUGAAGGCCCAAACCGGAAAGGGCAGGAAAACGGAGAGACUGGAGAGCCCACUUCGGCCGUUGAGGCCAACGGAAAUGGCGACCCCAGCUCUGCAACCAAACGUACAGGUGCCAUCAGGCGUGAGAUUGAAGUGGGAACCGAACGAUUUUUGACAGCAAGUGACGGGACACUGGAAAAGAUUGCUGAUGCGGUGCAUCGAGUGAUUUCGUCAGUGGACGAUGUCAGUAAGCGAAGUGAUUUGUGGGAUCAGUUGAUCGUCUGUGGCAACGGCUCAAAGCUACGGGGCUUCAAGGAAGCACUGCUACAGGCACUACAGACCAAGUACCUCAUUUCGCCAUCUUCAGCGACCAUUUUUACAUCAGAGAUCCCAUCAAACAUUUCAACGCCUGCAGGGACUGGCGCAAACACGCCACAACCCCAGCUUGGCCCUCAUGGAGGAUCGCAAGUCAAUCCACUUCUAUUUGCAGCCACGACCGCCCAGACUCAGCACAUGACUCCACAUGGCGGCAAUUCAAUGAUGGCUGGUAUGUCACACAAUGCACACUCAUCACAUGGCCAGACACCUACUUCCAUCAAAUUUGUCAAGCCACCAGAGUAUUUCCCAGAAUUUAAGGAAGUGGGAUACGACGAGUCUGCAUUCCUGGGCGCUCAGGUAGCUGCAAAGGUCAUUUUCGUGGUAGAUCAGGGACAGAGCAAAGGCUACAUGACCAGACCAGACUACAACGAACAAGGACCACAGGCUAUUCAUGACUACAGCCUGUGA